AUGUGUCCAGAAUUUGAAAUUUUGAAAAUAACCGUCACACAGGUCAACCCGGCGGCCGGUGGGCGUGGUGACGCAGUCCCUGCGAAAGUGGAAACAGCCGGACCUGCACAAGCCACCAGGCCGCUUCCCGUGGACACUAAAGAAGUGUCUGGUGGAAGCAGCAGCGUGCGCGUUAUCAUCUUUGGUGAUGAGUCGGGGCCUGGAAACCUGCUCGGCGCGCGCGGAGUCGCAGUUUCCCCCGACAAGAUCUGGGUGGCUGACCAGACCAAAGCCCGUCUCCAAGUCUACAACAUGGCAGGCGCCUUCCAGCACGAGUUCCCACAGGAAGCACCUGGGCUGGGGUACCCAGGAAAGAGGCCAGUUGAUGUGUCCAUCGACAGAGAUGGCCACAUCUGGGUCUUGAUGACCGGGUACCCUGCCAGUGCUGACCGCGUGGUACAGUUGGACAGGGAGGGUCAUCUCAAAGCCAACUUUGAGCUCCCUGACAACGUACCACGGGGGGCGACCCGCGGGAUGGCUGUGGGCUUGCACAACGACCACGUCUUCGUCACCUGGUCUGACACGUUGUACAGUGGCGGUGUGCAAGCCUUCCAGCCUGACGGGAAGCUCCUGUGGGGCGUCGGCCCGCAGCAGGGGAUGAAGAUGCCGAUGCACGUCGCCGCUAACGAAGAAGGGAACGUCUACGUCUCCGACUACAACUUUCACUACGUCUAUGUCUACGACGCGAGCGGGCGGUACGUGCUGAAGUUUGGAGGACCGGGAAGGAGCGGCGGCCGCCUGAAUCGUCCUCGAGGCAUCUGCGUGGACGGUUCCGGUCACGUCCUGGUGGUGGACUCAGAGAGCCGGCGCGUCGUGAUGUACUCAGGCCGGGGCACGUACAUCCGCGACAUCGCCCUCCCCCGCCGCGCGGAGUACCCGGUAGGGGUUGCAGUCGGGCCGGGAGGACAGCUGGUUGUGUUGAACAAAAACACAAUCGUUGUCUUCCCCCGCUACUGA